AUAAAAUGUUCUGUACUCAAAUAACUGAACUUGAAUCCGGAUUCUGGAUCUGUUUCUGUUCAUGCAUGUCAAUGAUGUUCGUGUUCAAAAUUGUCAUCUUUUUUGGCUGAGAUUGAGAACCCAUUCUACUUACUACGGAGUAUUACAGAACUCGUACAUUUUUUUUGUCUCUAUGCCUGACCUAUUUGUUCUUUAAUUUGCACCCAUACAAGCUGCUUCGAUUAUGGCGAGUAGAAGAGACAGAUUCAGUGAACUUCCGGCUGAUAUACUUGACAUGAUUUUGGGAUUCAUGCCGAUUGUAGCAGCGGCUAGAAUGGCUGUUUUGUCGACUCUCUGGAGAGAUUUAUGGUUUAGUCUCUCACAGCUCUGCUUUAAUGAAUACUUCUUUUCUCACAUUCAGGACAAGUAUGUCUCGUACUAUGCUGCUAGCGGUGUGAGGGAUAAGAAAGUAAUAUAUGACAACGAAAGCAUCAAUAUCUUAGUCUCCGUGAGUUUCAAUGUGAUCACUAGAGUUCUCAUGCAUCAUAAAGGAGUUAUUCGCAAAUUUCUCUUUGUAUUCUCGGAUGACGGGGUAGGACAAGGAACAAUCCGAUCACGACUACUUGACAUUGAUCAAUGGCUCUCUUUUGUCACACUAAAAGGAGUUGAAGACAUUCACCUUAGUUUUGACCAAGAAUAUGGGUUCUUACUUCCGAGCUGCAUCUUUUCCUGCCCAACACUCAGGAGGUUGCAUCUUUCCGGGGCCUCUUAUGACACAGUGAAUGCCCCUUGCAUCCUCCUGAAUUUCACCAAACUUCGUUUUAGAAAUGUUCGUUUUGAGCCUAUAGAUCUUCUAAACUAUACAAUUAAUGCCCCAAUGCUUGAGAAUCUCUCGUUUUAUGAAUGUGAUCAAACCAUGUUCUAUUUUAACGUGACUGCUCCGAAACUUUGCACAUUAAAAAUUAUAAAUUGCUCCUACAGACAAGAAAUUGCUUAUCUCCCAGUUAGUUCAAGCUUGGGGAAUGCUCGUACCCUUGUUUUGGAUCCUUAUUCGAUCAUCAAUUUUUUCGAACCCUUUAUUAAAAGGGGGAAGCUGCUACAACCACGUGAUCUAAAUGUGGAAUGCCUGAUGUUGUGUGAAGACCCAUUUAAUCUCGAUAUAGAUGACCGUUUCCUAGUAGCUGGUGAUAUUUCUUCUGCAUUCAUUCAUUUGCUGCAAGUAUGCCCAAAAAUGCGCGAAAUUCAAAUACAAGCAUGGUUUCUCGAGGCGAUGCAUGAGUGCUUAAAGGCCCAAUCACCACUUUCGAAGGAACUUUAUAGUGCGGCUCAAACACUCAAGUCUCUUCACACUCUGAGUUUGAGUUAUGAUGAAUUCUUCAAAACUUCAUCCGAUGAUUCGCUUCUUUGGGUCGAAGGUCUACUUUCCUCCUUUCCAACACUUGAGAAGUUCAUCAUAAGAGGAGGGAAAAUCAGUCUCAAGACCGCUCAGAAGCUCUUGCGUUCUCCUCGCGCCUCUCCAAAAGUUGAAAUACUUUUACUUUAAACGCCCCCCUAACUUUUUAAGGUGAAUGAACUAGAAAACUUCUUCUUGAUAGUUAGUUCAAUUUACUCAUUCCAGCUUGGAAAGAAACACACUUGGGUUGGCUUUGCUCAUGUUGUGUUUUGGCACAAUUUGGCGUCCCCCUUUUCUGGUCUUUAUAUCUUCUUCAUAUAAUGGAAAGCCUCUAGCAUAUUGAUUAUAGAAUCAUCAUUUUCUAUUAUAUGGUUACAAUAAUCAAUUUAUUUGAUUUAU